GCUGACAUCCCGGCAUUUCGCUUCGAUUAUUAUCUGUCCCAGAUAGACUUAAUUUCGGGCGUCCAAGCGAACGCCUUCGAAAAGCGAUACACGUGUCAACAAAACUCGCAGUUCGUCCUCCAUAAAUAUCAUUUUUAAGCGUAGUGCGCGUGCUUUUUAUAAGUUUUGCUUAUAAGGUUAUACAUUUGUGGCCUAUCGAAAAGAAAUUACUGUGUGGUACGAAUUUCUGAGCAGACGAUUGUACGAAACAUUUUGUACUUGGAAAACGUUUAUGAGACGGCAGCAAUAAUCAAUUAUGAACUCUACUGUGAUACGCUGCAUACUUUUUGUGGUUUAAAGUGAAGAUACUGGAUGAAAAUAAUUUUUGGUUUCAACGAAGUGGGGGUACGUCUCCACAAAGCGGAACACAAAAUGAACCGUAAACUUCUUCUUCUCUCGAACUCGACAACAUAUGGGACAUCAUACCUCAGUUAUGCUAAGGAUAUGAUAAAGGCAUUCUUAGGGAAGCAUGAAGUAUCAGAGAUACUUUUUGUUCCAUAUGCCCGAUGUGACUAUGAGGAUUAUACAACAACGGUUCGGGAAGCGGUUGAGCCGAUGGGAUUCUCGGUUAAAGGUAUUCAUACGUUCCCUUCACCGGUCGAAGCUGUAAAUAAGGCCCAGUGCAUCUUUAUCGGCGGAGGAAAUACUUUCCUUCUUCUAAAAACCUUGUAUGAGAAUCAGUUAGUUGAACCUAUCCGCAAACGAGUAUUAGAAGGAAAUCUUGUUUAUAUAGGAUCAAGCGCCGGUACAAAUGUAUCUACGCCGUCUAUUAACACCACAAACGACAUGCCAAUCGUCUACCCACCAACCUUUGAAGCCUUGAAUCUGAUUCCAUUCAACAUCAAUCCUCAUUACGUUGAUGCUGAUCCGUCAAGCAAGCAUAUGAGCGAAUCUCGGGAAAAACGCAUCCAGGAGUAUCUUGAACAAGGUUCCGGAAGAAAAGUGUUAGGCAUCUAUGAGGGUGUCCUUAUAGAAGUGGAGGGUGAUCGAGCGACCCUCAGAGGCGAGCGAGGUGGAAAAGUUUUUGUUAAGUGUAAAGCGGAACCCGAUGCUAUCCAAGGAAAUUCGGAUAUCAGCUUUUUGCUCAAGAAUUAACGAUUCUAAUGGCAAUCAAUGUGCCCAUAGACGCAUCGGGCUUGACUGUUAAUUACUACUAUUACUAAGUUUCGCCGCGGAAAUAAAAAUAACU